AUGCAGCUCCUACGAUUCGCCGCCCUACUGCCCCUGGCUUCAGCCGCCGCUGUCGCAACCAGUCAGCUCGACAACCUAGACACCUUGGCCAAGCGGAGCAACUUCAUCACCGUCAAGUACUCCAUCGACAAUGACAACUGCUACGUGGUGCUCGACGCCUGCGGCUGCAGCACCAACGUGGUCGUGGGCAGCGGCUACUGCAAGAACCUGAGCGGCGACAUUGCCAAGUCGCCGUGCGGCGGCGACCUGACCCUCGGCGAUAACGGCAGUACUUGGACCUUUGACUACAUAACCAGCGACAACAAUUGUGCGGUCGGGUGUGACUUGGCCAAGCAGAAUGAUGCGGGUUGCUCGGCUUAG